AUGGCAUUUAAUGGUACUUGGAAAGUAGACAGAAAUGAAAAUUAUGAAAAGAUGAUGGAGGCCAUGGGUGUUAACAUAAUGAAAAGAAAGUUAGGAGCCCAUGAUAAUCUGAAGAUUACUAUUCAACAAGAUGGAAACAAAUUUAUCAUCAAAGAAUCAAGCAACUUCCGUACUCUAGAUAUUGAAUUUACUCUGGGAGUCGAUUUUGAGUACACUCUGGCAGAUGGGACUGAAGUUUCAGGUGCUUGGAACAUGGAAGGAAACAAACUUGUAGGAUCAUUUACCAGGAAAGAUAAUGGAAAAGUGCUUAAAGUAUGCAGAGAAAUUGUAGGUGAUGAACUUGUUCAGACUUCAGUGUAUGAAGGAGUUGAAGCCAAGAGAAUCUUCAAAAGGGGCUGAACACCCAGAACAGCACUAGAAUCAGAAAACAACAAAAAGGGACCAUUUUCCUACAUAUCCUCU